AUGGACGGCCUUUCGGGCGCAGCAAGCGUCAUCGCAGUAAUCGACAUAUCCGCCAAGAUUGUGUCGCUAUGUGUCCAGUACUCUAUGGCCGUAAAGGACGCGAAGGGCGAUAUCGAACGUGUGCAGAGAAAAGUUAGCGACAUCAACCACAUUCUGGAGAAGAUCAAGCAGCUUCUCGACAGCCAGGACAAGACUCGGCUCUCUGCCACCCAAGGCCUGUUAGACUCGCUCGAACAAUGCCUGAACGAGUUGGAAAGCUUAGGUGUAAAGCUAGAACCGGGAAAGACCCGCAAGACUAUGAGGCGGUUUGGUUUACGUGCGCUUAAAUGGCCGUUCACGAGCAAGGAGGUGGACAAGAUCGUUUUAAACUUAGAAAGAUACGAACAGACCUUUGGCUUAGCGCUACAGAUUGAUCAGACAGCCGUUGUGUUCAGCAUAGACCAGAAGCUGGAUCUGGCCAAACUGCCUGUCGCGAUAGGCGCCUCCUUCAAUUCCCACAACGAAGAGCACAACGCACGAUGCCUACCAAACACCCGCACCGAGCUGCUAGACGAGAUCACAACAUGGGCGAACAAUAAAGAUGGCAAGUCUAUAUUUUGGCUGAGCGGCAUGGCGGGCACAGGAAAGUCAACAAUUGCGCGGACGGUCGCUCAGUCGUUCGCCAGUCGAGGGCAACUUGGAGCCAGCUUCUUCUUCAAGAAAGGCGAGGGCGAGCGCGGCAACGCCUCACGGUUCUUUGCCACCAUCGCUACCGACUUGGUGGUACACGAGCCCGGCAUGCUACCUGGCAUUAGGAAGACGCUCGACGAGGACUCUACGAUCUCACACAAGGCUCUAAAAGACCAGUUCGAGAAGCUGAUCCUAGAGCCACUAUUGGGAAUAAAGCAGGCUCGCUCGCGGGCCUUAGCGCGUGUUGUCGUGAUCGACGCGCUGGACGAAUGUGAGCAGGAAGCAGACAUUCGGGCGAUACUCCAGCUGCUUGCUCGGACAAAAGACAUUCGCCCAGUGCCGCUGCGGAUCGUGGUGACUAGCCGGCCCGAACUCCACAUCCGCCUCGGCUUCAAGGAGAUGCCGAACGGCACAUACCAGGACCUCAUCCUCCACGAAGUACCAAGAAGCACGAUUGAACACGAUAUCCGUCUGUUUCUAGAGCAUGAGUUCGCCGUGAUACGAAAAGAGCGCAAGUUGGCUUCAGACUGGCCAGCGAAACAACAGAUCCUCGCGGUCGUUGAGCUGGCUGUGCCGCUGUUCAUCUACGCUGCCACUGUGUGUCGAUAUGUCGGUAGUAAAGGAAGCAAUCCUAUGGCUUUUCUGAAUAAGGUCCUGCAGUAUCAGAAGGCAACCUUUUCGCAGCUAGAUCGGACGUAUCUCCCUGUGCUCGAUCAGCUGCUUAGUGAGCAGGAGGAAGACGAGAAGGAGACGUGGCUUCAGGCUUUCCGAGAAGUUGUUGGUAGUAUUGUUGUUCUCGAAAGUCCACUCUCUGCCAUCUCGCUUGCCCGCCUAUUACAAGUUCCACAAGAAGAGAUCCAGUGUCGUCUUGACCCUCUACACUCUGUUCUUAGUGUUCCUGACAAUAAAGACGCGCCUAUUCGUCUUUUGCACUUGUCCUUUCGCGAGUUCCUCCUCGACCCCAAAAAGCAAGGAGAGAGCCCGUUUUGGGUGGAUGAGAAAAUGACACACCAGAAGCUUGCAUCUCGCUGCCUCGAGCUUAUGUCUGGAUCUGGCGGUCUUCAUCAGGACAUGUGCGGCCUUCUAGGCCCUGGAGUACUAAGGAGCGAGGUAGAUGAGCAGACAGUUGCUACGAGGCUGCCACCUGAUCUACAGUAUGCGUGUCGCUACUGGGUUGACCAUCUCAAGCAGAGUGGGCAAGGCAUUGUUGACGGAGACGCCACGCACCUCUUUCUACGGAAGCAUCUUCUUCAUUGGCUUGAGGCUAUGAGCCUUAUAAGAGAAUUGAGUACAUGCAUUAACUUGCUCGACAGCCUUCAGACGCUUACUAGUGCACAUACAAUGCUAGUUUCAAGCUUUCUCCAUGACGCUAAGCGGUUCGUGCUGCGGUUCCGGUCUGUGCUUAUAGACGCACCGUUGCAGACCUAUUACUCGGCGUUAGUAUUCGCACCAGAGAAGAGUGUGAUACGACGAACAUUUAUAGGCCAAGUGCCAGAAAAGGUGGAGAUGCUAUCUAAGAAAGACGUAGACUGGGAUGCGUGUCGCAGCACGCUCGAGGGCCAUUCCGACUAUGUCAGCGUGGUAGCCUUCUCGCCAGACGGGCAGCUGGUCGCGUCAGCAUCUUGGGACAAGACAGUACGGCUGUGGGAGGCGGCGACAGGGACGUGUCGCAGCACGCUCGAGGGCCAUUCCUCCUAUAUCAGGGCGGUAGCCUUCUCGCCAGACGGGCAGCUGGUCGCGUCAGCAUCUGAAGACAAGACAGUACGGCUGUGGGAGGCGGCGACAGGGACGUGUCGCAGCACGCUCGAGGGCCAUUCCUCCUAUGUCAGGGCGGUAGCCUUCUCGCCAGACGGGCAGCUGGUCGCGUCAGCAUCUGAAGACAACACAACAGUACGGCUGUGGGAGGCGGCGACAGGGACGUGUCGCAGCACGCUCGAGGGCCAUUCCUCCUAUGUCAGGGCGGUAGCCUUCUCGCCAGACGGGCAGCUAGUCGCGUCAGCAUCUGAAGACAAGACAGUACGGCUGUGGGAGGCGGCGACAGGGACGUGUCGCAGCACGCUCGAGGGCCAUUCCUCCUAUGUCACCGCGGUAGCCUUCUCGCAAGACGGGCAGCUGGUCGCGUCAGCAUCUGAAGACAACACAGUACGGCUGUGGGAGGCGGCGACAGGGACGUGUCGCAGCACGCUCGAGGGCCAUUCCGACUAUGUCACCGCGGUAGCCUUCUCGCCAGACGGGCAGCUGGUCGCGUCAGCAUCUUGGGACAAGACAGUACGGCUGUGGGAGGCGGCGACAGGGACGUGUUGCAGCACGCUUAAAAGCUUUUCUCGGUACAUCACUUAUAUCAAUUUCUCACCAAAUGGCCAGGUACUACACACAAACCAAGGCGAUAUUCCUUUGCCUCAAGCCUCUGUUGGUACAUCGCUCUUGAGGCCGACGCAGCAGUCCUCGUACAUUCUAGUGCAGAAUCAGUGGAUAUUACGCAACCAACAACGUUACUUAUGGCUUCCUCCAGAGUAUCGAUCAAACUUAACCACUGUACGCGAGGACAGAGCUUGUCUAGGGCUUGCAUCUGGUCGUGUGGUUCUGCUUAGGAUUCUCUAG